GAGCUGCCCAUUUUUCCCAAUGGAUACGCCGCGCUCCUUCUCAAGUCACCACCUCCGGCACCGCCUGCCCUUCUCAGGAGGAUAGGUGUAAAGGAGCUCACCGGAGUCGGGAAGGUAAAAGUCAUGCUGAGGGUAUCGUCUGGAGACGGGGGCAGUUUUUUCAACGCGGAUAAGCGGAAGAAGCAAGUUACCUUAGUGGACCCAGCAUCCGGGCAAUCUUCAUCGGCAGAAGAUCGACGGCCUACUGUGGCGGCGCCGAAAAUGUUUGCGUUUGACGCUAUCUUUACCGAGGAGGACUCCCAGACUGAGAUCUGUUCGAGCGCUCUUACGGACGUAAUUCACGCGGUCAUCAAUGGAACGGAUGGUUGUCUAUUUUGUUUUGGACACGCUGGCUUAGGCAAGUCUCACACUAUGUUGGGAACUCCGGAAGCUGGUCAUACACUGGGCGCAAUUCCUUGUGCCAUUGCGUGGCUCUUCCGCGGAAUUUCUGAACAACGACAGAGAACCGGCGCUAGAUUUAGCGUCAGGGUCAGCUGCGUAGAAUUGACCACCGGUCAGCAACAAUUGAGAGACCUGCUUGCAGCGCACGCGAACGACUCGGAACAGUCGCCAGCCGUAUACCUCAGGGACGAUCCACUGUUUGGUACCCUUCAAUUGCAGCAGCACAGCGAGCUCCGUGCGCCUACGGCGGAACGCGCAGCUUUCUACCUCGAUGCGGCGGUCGCCGGUCGUCAACGGGAGGACGGCGACGCGCAUAUGCUCUAUACAUUGCACGUGUACCAAUACAGCGUCGCCGGCAAGGGCGGAGUUGCCGGUGGCAGAAGUCGGCUGCAUCUGAUGGAUCUAGGAAAUUCAGACCGCGGCAAGUCCUCAGGCGGAAUUCCUCUCUCCGGUCUGGGCAACAUUCUCCUCGCGAUCUUUAACGGUCAGAAGCAUCUGCCGUACAAGGAACACAAAUUGACACAACUGCUCAAGGAAUGCCUCGGCUCUUUGACCUGCCACGCGGCUAUGAUAGCUCAUGUAUCUCCAAAUGCCCAGCACUAUACGGAGACGCUCACUACCGUUCAACUGGCGUCGAGAAUCCAUCGGAUGCGACGUCGGAAGAUCAAGUUCGUCGGCGGCGGGACGCAAGGUACCGGAAGCGGUGGCAGUUCCGGCGAGGAGGCGGCUCGGCAGAACAGCGAGUGCGAUCCCAGCUCGAGUGAUCUAUCCGCCGACACGGUAAUUUACGUCGGUCCGAGCGCCGACGAUGCCACUGACGGCGAACACCCGCCCGUUUAUAUACCCAGCUUGAAUUCGGGCGACAAUCGUUGCGCGAUGGGCAGGGUGCUCCGCGGUUCCGCCGCCGAGAGACCGAGCAAGAUUCCUGAGGAACGCAGUCCGGCACAUAAAUCCAAGACGGUGAAAACGCUGACGCAGACCGCGUCGAAGCAGACCUCGCCGGCGCACAGCGCGACGCCGAAAGCGAGUCCGGCGAGGAAGAAUUCCUCCUCAAAGAGCGCGUCCUCAGUGUCCAAGAUCAAUGAUUCACCAGGUAGUAAGAUCCCGGUAGCGGCGCCGAGCGGCGGCUCCGACGAACAGUGGAUAGACGGUCCGAGAAUUUCUAAGUCGAAGGUCGCGGAGGCCAGACAUAUGCUGAAAGAUUCGCAUCACAAACGAGAGACGUGGAUCGACGGGCCGAUGCAACUGACCAGCGCGCCGGCGCUGCAACUGCACGCUCAUCAGCAUGCAUCUUCCGGUUACGGUUUCAUGGACAGUCACAAGAAGAGCAUGAUUAGAAAAUGGGUGGAAAAUCAAUCGUCGCAGAUACAGCGGACGAAGCACGCCGGCCCGCGACUCGACUCUUCCAAGAUGUCCUCCGGUCAGUCGUCCGGCCAGUUUAAAGAAUUGACGCAGUUCAAAACCUGCGGCGGGAUGGAGGACGACGAUACAUCAUUGUCUACAGCGGAGAGCGAUAGCUUGAAAGCGAACGAGAUCGAGGAUAUAACCGAAAAAUUGAGCGCCAAGCUGAAUCUACUUAACGUUAAGUCCAAUACGGAUUCAGGGUUAGAUUUGACGGCGAGCCCGGUGAUGGAUGACAGUGUCGAAAAGGGGAAGCUCGAUCUACCGGAUGACGAAGACGACGAUGAAGAAAUCGUCGUACCUCCGCCGUUACCGUUGAUCGAACCACUCAGUAACGGAGUAAGCCGGGAAGUCUCCAUGGAAAGUUUGAAUCUGUCACAUAAAGAUAUCGUUCUACCUUCGAGGCAUUCCUUGUCCUCGGAGGACGAGAUUUUAGAGAUUGUUGAAGUGGAAGAUUUGGAACCAGUACCCAUGCAGGAUUCGUGUUUACAAGUGACUGAAGAAGACAUCGCGCUAUGUAUGGGUGAAAAUCCUCUGCCUGAGAGCGAUCAAGAAGAACAUCCUUUAAGAAUUCUUAGCCAAGAAAAUCUCACUGUUGUGUCAACUUUCACGGACUCCAUGUCAGUGAUGUCAGACACGGAGAGAUACAGACCGCAUUAUCCGCCGCCGGUUGGCGCCGGUGUUCUACCUAGGCCAUACUUCGACCACGAAGACUUUCUCGAGCAAGAGACCAGGCACAAGUUCGAUCAGCUGGCCCGCCUCCACGAGCUCUACCAAAGCAAACUCGCUCUCGCCAACGUUUCCAACUCCGUGACUUACCAGAGAGAAAACUCUUCCACUGUCAACGUACGAGAUGCUCCAUCGACCGUCUUCCGUCCGCCGUCUCGCUGUCAAUCCUUGUCCCUUUCGGAUGUCUUAUUCAACGACAACGCGAGCAAUCACGGCAGCAUCUACAGUGAACCCGCGUACAUAGCCGGCAAGCCCGAUCAAGAAAAGAUCUGCGAUAAUUGUCGCCAGAGCAUGUCCAGGCCCGCCACGGCCUCUUAUUGGUAUCCCAGUAGCGUCGCCCAUCUCGCCAGUCCUAGAAGGUACUGCGGCAAGUUGGGUGACUGCAAUAUCUCCAAUCUGAGGCAUCCGGAUGGCGCUUCGAAUCCCAACCUAAAGGAGGAGAUCGAAAGGAUACCCGGAAACGGAGCAUCCGGCUCGGAUCCCGAGGAAGAAUAUAUAGAGGCGAAGAAGCUAUUCACGGCUGCCGAGAGGUCCGAGAGAACGGUAACAGGAAAAUCCGACAUCGAAGAGGAUCUAAAGAUUCAAGGCGGCACCUCCUUGCAAUUAUCGAUGCCAUCUCCGGCGCCAUCCUCUGGACGAAUGCAACGCAAGAUUCUUAGCCUCGGCUCCUCGUUCGGUCUCAAUAAGGAGAGCUCCGAUUCCGGUGCGGAUACAACGCCGCGAGCGGCUAAAUUAUCACCGGCUACAUUGUCCAGACAUCGUGCCGAGAGCUCUGGUUACGACAGUAUCGUUAGAGACAGCGAGACGAGCAGCAUCGCUAGCGACUCGUCCCGACAAACCGGAGCGUUACAGGAACAUCAAGCGGUGGAACAGCGGGCGGCAGGGUACGAGCUUCGGCGGUCGCGGGCCCACUGCCGGGCUCAACCGGGGCCGCCCGCGGCGUCGGCGAUUCUCGCGUAUACAGGCGAGGACGUAGACAUCCUGGACAGACGCGCGCGGGUGCGCUCGAAUCCACGUGGAACGAUGUCCAGGAUACACAGCCUGCGCCUGCGCCAGCGCCUUCUUAGGCUGGAGCUACGCGAUGCCAAAAGACGCCUAAUGGUGCCCGACACUCGCUGGGACUAUAAUUUGUACGUGGAGGACAGUAUGGACUGGCGAAAUCCGUCAUUUUUGGAAGCUCUGACGGUCGAGACAUGCAUUCUACAGAAAAGAGUGGAGGCCUGUAAGAGUCACGUUCUUCUGGUCACCUGCUUCGACUCCUGUCCUCAGCAGCCGACAACGGCCGAGAUUAAAAUCACCUAACGUAGACUUAGAUCAGCACGCACGACCGCGUGUUGAUCACCAAUCCCGCCCAUCCACCUACGAAUUUAAUCGUUGAAACGAGACGAGCGAGGUCGCCGAAUAAAAUGGAAUAAAUUAGCAAAGAAUGGCGUCGAUGUCGCUCGACUCCGUCCAGUAGUUGUUAAAUGAUAUAUUGUGGUCACCGUCAUCGUCAUCGUAUAUCGUCGCUAUUGUUAAACCUAAAACGGUACUAGCAAGAUUAAACGAGAAAUAAAGGAAAACCUAAUAAAGUCUCACCGAAAUAUCGCACACGUACACGCACACGCACGUGUCUUAUCGAAGUUAUAUUAUAGAGUUUUAACGAAAAAUGUAUUCGUGUUAGAGAUUUCGCAAUUGUUUCAGUUUCAACGAUGUUUCUCAGGAUACAGGAAGAAGAUGUUAAGUAAUUCUUCGCGUGUUAUUAUAGCGACACGAGUAAGUAAGUCAGUUUCGAGAAUAAUGUUCGUGCCGCGUUUACAUUGGCAUUAAUUGUUUUAUGUACAUGAGAGUUGAUACUUUGUUUUCACAUUCUAUUAUUAAUCAAAGUCAUUUAAAAUAUUAUCGCUGCCAUACUGUCUGACUGAUGCCAUUAAUAAUUUAUAAGAGAUAGAUUUCCGACCUAAAAAGACUGCCGGCCAACCGGCCAAACUGCGUAUUCAUCGAAAACAGCGACAAACAAAACAAGCGAAUAAAACUAUUAUCGCGAUAAACUAGAGGUAUUUAUCUCAAUAGAAAAAAUACGACACGCGUCCAUAUUCGUGAUCGAAUCAAUUAACCGCGAAUUAAAAGAUAAUCGAAUAAAAAUCGAGAAAACCGAUCAUAAACGAUAUCGCAAAUAUUAGCUAUAAUAACACAAACAAUCUCGAUUAUACAUUAUCAACAAUUGAGAUCGUCUACAAUCUAGAGAGCAGCGAGUGGCUAAAUUUUCCUUUCUCUAUGAUAUCGUUAUGAUUCAGGAAGAGAGAAGAAAUUCGGCCAUGCUAGUUAAUUUAGAUUGUCGAUGGAAAUGGUUUCGUAACAAUAGAAGUUAGAUGUUAGAAGUAAAAUGCAAAUUUUUUCAUUAAAAUAUCGAGCUUCAAUUUUGAGGGGAAGCCAAACGAAAGCAAUGGGAAAUUUGCCGUGGGUGAACGAGCAACGCACUGCCAAAAUAGUGCAAAAAGAAAUCUUUUAUACCAUUAACGAUCAAUCGAUUAACGAAAUGCGCCGUACGUAAUGUAUUUAAUACACGCACGUUAAUUCAUGGUAUUAUCGUAGCUUUAAUCGUUAUCAGCAGUUACCGCACUUCGUAGGGUUCUGUAACUCACUUAGAAAGACGCGAAAGAGAGAAUGAUAGAAAGAAAAAAGCGGAAAAAGGAACAGAUUGAAUGAAAGAAAGAAAGAAAAAACGUGCGCACGAAAGAAAAGGAAGAGAGAUGAGAAUAAGAAUAAACCGUAAACUUUUGCUAAUCGUAAAAAACGUUCGCGCGAGUGCUAUUGAAACUUAUAAAAAAAAGGGGAGAGAAAUAGGAGAAAGAGAAAAAAGAGAGAGAGAGAGAGAGAAGGAAAAAGAAAUGAGAAGCCCAAUUCUCUCAUUUCCGAUGUGAGAAUGUUAUGCGAAGAGAGGACGCGAAGAGGAUAUAAGCAUAGGCGGGGAUAAAGUCGGGAAGAAUAAAAAUAGAUGGCAUAAAAAUAAAUCGGCAUGGGAGUAAUGUAGAGGAGGAGAGAGAAAGGGCAGAAACAGAGAUAUUCUAGUUUUCUGAUGCGUGUCGUGAGGGACCGAUAUCGAUGGAAAAAACACGACUCGUUUUUCUCGUCCUAAACUGUUAUACCUUGAAGUUUAUGCAUGAUACACACGUAUAUGUAUAUGAAUAUAUGUAUAAGCACACACGCAUACAGAAACAUAUACACACAAUGCAAAACAAUAUUGUACGUGAGUACCGUGAGUGAAAGACGUACACGCGACUGAUUAUCACAAGUAUAUAUAGACACGUAUUUACAUUUUGUAUUUAGCAUUAAAUUCGAGCAUCUCAAAUAUUGAGUUUUCAAAGUGUAAUAUCUCUAAUAUAAAAUUUUGAGAUCGCACAGCGAAAAUCGCUGCAGACCAAAAUAUUCGAUAGCCGCAUUUAGCGUUAAACACGAGAUGUAAAUGCGAAGGCACAAACGUCCUUUUCACAGAUUCGUGGAACGGUAUAAGAUUGCCAAGUGACUCCUUCGUGUUGCCCUGCGCUAAUUAAAGAGAUCCUAUACAUUCGUUUCUCCGUAUCUCGCUCAUCAACGAUCAAAGAUGAGUUUGCCGCUGAAAUCGUCGUCAUUGCUUUAUCUGUCGGUUCCUUCUCUUAUUAAUAAUAAAUGUUCGAUAUAUCUUGUUGAUUGUUUAUCGCAACAAAAUAACGAUUUUUCGUGUUGAUCGAUUAUUCAAAUUGUCGCGAUCAUCUACGAUAAUUAUUGUACGUAUGUUGCAUUUGCUAAUCUUCCCAAGAAAAUUAUAUCAAGAAAGUGAAUUUUCAUUUCCGUCUUUUCGAAAAUCACGGGAAAUAUCUUUAUGGUUUGUCGCGUCUAACGUUAAAAUUCGUGCAUGUAAUAUAUUUGUUUACUUAUCGUCGCGCGUGUCCUGAUUCAAUCUGAGUUAAAAACAUUGCCAAGAGCGUUUCAGUCCGUCUGCCGUGAAUACAACAGUAAUAAUAACGAAUUAUAGUGAUAGUAAUUAUUAAUUGUAACUAGCGAUCUACUUCCACUUUCCGCCGGAAAACAUGCGUUUCUGUACCAUAGUACUUGUAUGAUAUUUAUAUUUUAUAUGUACAAAUUAGUCAUGUAAUUUCUUGUAAUAAAGAUCAAUUUACAACGUG